UUUGGCCUCUGUAACCACACCGCAGUUUUCCUUACCUCCUCCAUUGACGAUGGAGAGAGCUGUUCUUCUUCGCUCUAUCUCUUCAUGUACUUCACAUGCCUGUAUUCGCACCUUUUCUCGUUCUUCCCAUCGUCUUUCCUCCAACCGCCACCGUCUUAUCCCCAAUAUCCACCGUCGUUCUCCUAUACGCCACCACCUCCGCCGCAUCUCCACCGCACUACCAUCCCGCCUCCACUUCAAUACUCGCUUCUCUCAUAUAUCUCCUAAAGCCAUCGCAACAUCAUCGCCUCAGUUCUCACCUGAUUCUAUUGGUGCUCAUGAUGAUGUUGCUGAGAAGCUUGGAUUUGAGAAGGUCUCCGAGCAGUUUAUCGAUGAGUGUAAGUCGACAGCUGUUUUGUAUAGACAUAAGAAAACUGGUUGCGAAGUAAUGUCUGUAUCAAAUGACGACGAGAACAAGGUCUUUGGUGUAGUUCUCCGGACUCCUCCGAAAGAUUCAACCGGAAUUCCUCACAUAUUGGAACACAGUGUACUAUGUGGUUCAAGAAAGUACCCUCUAAAAGAACCAUUUGUUGAACUACUGAAGGGGAGCUUGCACACUUUUCUAAAUGCAUUCACAUAUCCUGAUAGGACAUGCUAUCCUGUUGCAUCCACAAACACAAAGGAUUUUUAUAACUUGGUUGAUGUGUACCUGGAUGCCGUGUUCUUUCCCAAAUGUGUGGAGGACAUUCAGACUUUCCAACAAGAGGGCUGGCAUUAUGAGCUGAAUGACCCUUCAGAAGAAAUAACUUAUAAAGGUGUUGUAUUCAAUGAGAUGAAAGGUGUUUACUCCCAACCUGAUAACAUAUUAGGCCGGACAUCUCAACAGGCUAUUUUUCCAGACAAUGCUUAUGGUGUUGAUAGUGGAGGUGAUCCCCAAGUUAUACCCAAACUCACGUUUGAAGAGUUCAAGGAUUUUCAUCGCAAGUAUUACCAUCCAAACAAUGCCAGGAUUUGGUUUUAUGGAGAUGAUGAUCCAAAUGAGCGUCUGCGCAUCUUAAGUGAAUAUCUGGAUAUGUUCGAUGCAACUUCAGCUCGUCACGAGUCAAAAAUUGAAACACAGAAACUGUUCUCCAAGCCAGUUAGAGUUGUUGAGAAAUACCCUGCUGCUGAAGGUGGCGAUUUGAAGAAAAACCACAUGGUAUGCCUUAAUUGGUUGCUCUCUGAUGAGCCUCUGGACUUGGAAACUGAGCUUGCCCUCGGAUUUCUUGAUCAUUUAUUGUUGGGAACUCCUGCUUCCCCUCUAAGGAAAAUUUUGCUCGAAAGUUGUUUGGGAGAUGCCAUUGUUGGGGGUGGAAUGGAAGAUGAGCUCCUUCAGCCUCAGUUUAGCAUUGGACUGAAGGGUGUUUCUGAAGAGAACAUUCAAAAAGUUGAAGCUUUAAUCAUGAGCACACUUGAAAAAUUGGCAGAGGAAGGUUUCAACAUGGAGGCUGUAGAGGCUUCCAUGAACACAAUCGAGUUUUCUCUCCGAGAAAAUAACACUGGAUCAUUUCCUCGUGGCCUUGCCUUGAUGCUUCGUUCUGUUGGAAAGUGGAUUUAUGAUAUGGAUCCAUUUGAACCAUUGAAGUACCAGCAACCUCUGGCGGCACUGAAAGCUAGAAUUGAAAAGGAAGGAUCAAAAGCAGUAUUUGCUCCAUUGAUAAGCAAAUUUAUAUUAAAUAAUUCUCAUCGUGUAACCAUUGAGAUGCAGCCUGAUCCAGAGAAAGCUUCUCAAGAUGAAGCAUUAGAGAGAGAAAAUUUAGAGAAAGUUAAAGCAGGUAUGACCGAGGAAGAUCUUGCUGAGUUGGCACGUAUGACACAUGAGCUACGAUUGAAGCAAGAAACUCCUGACCCACCAGAGGCUCUGAAAACUGUUCCAAGCCUCUCUCUGCAAGACAUUCCCAAAAAACCUACUCAAAUCCCCAUCGAGGUUGGAGAUAUCAAUGGGGUUAAAGUAUUGCAGCAUGACCUCUUCACAAAUGAUGUUCUUUACACUGAAAUAGUAUUCGAUAUGAGUUCACUGAAGCAAGAACUUCUUCCUCUGGUUCCACUUUUUUGUCAAUCAUUGCUGGAGAUGGGUACAAAAGACCUAGACUUUGUGCAGCUAAAUCAGUUAAUUGGAAGGAAGACGGGGGGAAUUUCAGUAUACCCUUUAACAUCAUCAAAGYGAGGGUCGGAUGCCCCUGUCAGCCAUAUUAUUGUUAGAGGCAAAGCCAUGUCUGCACGUACUGAAGAUCUUUUUAACCUGGUCAACUGUAUUCUCCAAGAUGUCCAGUUUGCAGAUCAAAAGCGCUUCAAGCAGUUUGUCUCCCAAAGCAAAGCUAGAAUGGAGAAUCGAUUAAGGGGAAGUGGUCAUGGCAUUGCAGCUGCAAGGAUGGAUGCAAAGUUAAACAAUGCAGGGUGGAUCAGUGAACAGAUGGGUGGUGUCAGUUACCUGGAAUUUUUGAAAGAUCUUGAAGAGAAAGUCGAACAAGACUGGAGUGGAAUUUCAUCGUCCCUUGAAGAGAUACGCAAAACCCUGCUCUCAAAGAAUGGUUGCCUUGUGAAUCUCACCUCUGACGGGAAAAACCUUAAAAACUCCGAGAGAUAUGUUGGGAAGUUCCUUGAUUUGCUUCCAAGUACUUCUCCAGUUACAUCAGCUUCUUGGAAUGCACGACUUCCUUCGACGAAUGAAGCAAUCAUAAUACCUACUCAGGUAAAUUAUGUCGGAAAAGCUGCAAAUCUAUAUGGAACUGGUUAUCAACUCAAGGGGAGUGCCUAUGUUAUAUCUAAACACAUAAGUAAUACUUGGUUAUGGGAUCGUGUGCGAGUUAGUGGUGGUGCUUAUGGAGGCUUCUGUGAUUUCGACACUCAUUCAGGAGUAUUCUCAUUUCUAUCUUAUCGGGAUCCUAAUUUGCUGAAGACUCUAGAUGUAUAUGAUGGAACAAGUGAUUUCCUACGUCAAAUGGAAACAGAUGAUGAUACUCUUACAAAGGCAAUCAUUGGGACAAUUGGUGAUGUAGAUUCAUACCAAUUACCCGAUGCCAAAGGAUAUAGCAGCUUAUUGCGAUACUUAUUGGGAAUCACAGAAGAAGAAAGACAAGUAAGACGCGAGGAAAUACUAUCGACAAGCUUGAAGGACUUCCAAGAAUUUGCAAAUGCAAUUGAUGCUAUCAAGGAUCAAGGCGUUGUGGUAGCUGUGGCAUCGCCUGAUGACGUUGAUGCUGCAAACAAGGAACGUUCCAACUUCUUUCAAGUGAAGAAAGCCCUCUAAGAAUUACGAGUGCUGGCAGAUUUUUCAUUCAACUUUUCGUUGCUGGUACAAUUUUCUUGAAAUUUCUAUGACGAAAUUUAUUUAACCAGCAUGACUCAGCUUAAUAGCUUGAAAUCAUGGCAGAGUACUCUUUAUAUCGAACAACAUUAUAGAAAUCACAUUUUUAGAUUAGGACAACGAGAUGGAAACGAUUAGAUGACUGAGACAUGUCCAACUCACACCGUUUCAUUCCAUUUAUAUCAUGUUCUUCUCUGAAACCUCCAUGCACACUUUUUUGUUUACAUAUUUCAUGGUAAAUAUUAUUUCACACAUUUUCAAGCUA